CUGGAUCAGCUAUUUACAUGUUGCCUUAUUCAGACUUAUUAUUCACGCCACACAAAUUAGAUACCACUAUAAAAUACACUUGGGAUAUUCAGAAAAGCGCUAAUAAUUCAAAGGCACUGCAUAUUGUCCUAAGUGUGUGUUUGUGUGGGUGGAUUUUUGAACAGGCAGGAAAUGGUUAAUCUAGUUUGUGUAACAUUUUUGCUUUAAUGUGAACUGGGGCUGGGUGUGACAGCCGGUUUAAAAUAAAUCAGGGCUGAAUCACCUGCCAGUGUAGUGCUGAGUCCCAGCCAGAGACCUCCUCAUUGUACCUGAACUGCUGUGGAAAGUCUAGAAAGAUGCCAUCGGAGACCAAACAGUCAAUUUUUAAAGGAGUGAAUCUCAACUGUGAGACAAACAACACAGAACAUCGCACCAAAAACAUCUCAAAGGAUCAGCUGAUUGUGAGGCGAGGCCAGCGGUUCACCGUGAAAGUUGAACUGACACAGUCGUUCAACCCCAAUCUUUACCCGCUCACCAUUACAGCAGUAACAGGAGAAAAUCCAUCCGAGGACCUGGGAACAAAGUCAUGCUUUGGUAUCCCAGACAAAAUCCAGCGUUCGCCAUCAGCAAAGGCAGUGUGGAAAGUGGAGCUAGAGAAGGGGUCCAACCCACCAACAGGCUCCUUGAAUUUGACCAUUACCCCCCCAGCUGACACUCCAAUCGGAAAGUACAACUUAACCGCCAGACAUAGGGAUGAGGAAACGUUGUUGACAGAACUGGUAGUGCUCUUCAAUCCCUGGUGUUCUGAUGAUUCAGUGUUUAUGCAGAAUGAGACAGAGAGACAGGAGUUUGUGAUGAAUGAACGUGGUAUAAUCUACAAAGGAAGUGGGAACUACAUCACAUCUACUAACUGGGACUUUGGCCAGUUUGAAGAGGACAUGGUGAAGAUUUGUCUUAAGAUGUUGGAUGUCAACCCCAAACACCUGGCAAAUGCAGCCAAUGAUGUUUCUGCUCGCUGUAACCCCAUCUAUGUCAGUCGUGUGGUCAGCGCCAUGAUCAACAGUAAUGAUGACUCUGGCGUCCUGGAGGGACGGUGGUCAGCUCCAUUCUGGGGUGGAACUAUACCCUCUCACUGGUCUGGCAGCUAUCCCAUCCUCAAGCGUUGGUAUAACAUCGGCUGCAACCCAGUCAAAUAUGGACAGUGCUGGGUAUUUGCAGGAGUGAUGUGUUCAGUAAUGCGUCUGCUGGGCAUCCCAUGCCGUGUGGUCACCAACUACCAGUCAGCUCAUGACAGCAACAAGAAUCUCACCAUUGAUGUGUACCACGCUGACUAUGGAGUGAGAGAGAAAGAGACCAAGGACAGUAUCUGGAACUAUCAUGUCUGGUUAGAGUGCUGGAUGAGGCGAACUGACCUGGCAAAAGAUGGUAAAUAUGAUGGCUGGCAAGUUCUGGAUCCAACGCCACAGGAGAAGAGCGAUGGUGUAUUCUGCUGCGGUCCAGCCUCAGUCAAAGCCAUCCUGAAUGGAGAAACCAAUCUCAAAUAUGAUGCCCCGUUUGUUUAUGCUAUGGUCAAUGCUGACUGCAUUGACUGGCUGUGUAAAGCUGAUGGCACAAUGGUGAAUAUUUUUUCUGACACCAAGAGAGUCGGACAGAGCAUCUCCACCAAGGCUGUUGGCUCCAACACAAGGCUGGACAUCACAGACAGCUACAAGUACAAGGAAGGGUCUAAUGAGGAGAGAACUGUAUUUAGAUAUGCCCUCACCAGAGAUUACUCCAGAGAUGAAGAGGAAAAGAACAAUAGAGGGACAAAUAAUCCAAUCCAGAAUGGAGGGACAACAAAUGGAACUGGGAAUGGAGGGACAACAAAUGGAACUGGGAAUGGAGGGACAACAAAUGGAACUGGGAAUGGAGGGAGGGAAGGGAACAACACAGAGGAUAAGACUACAAAUAAUACAAAUGACAGCAUCCUUCCACUUCCACAAAUAGCCAUGCGAUUUGAAGAGGUAUCCAAGCCAAUGGACGGUCAGGACGUGAGCCUGAAGUUGGUGCUGAACAGUGAAAGCCGCACUGCCAGGCCUGUGUCCAUCAAUAUCAGUGUCCAGGCCAUGAGAUACAAUGGCUCACCAGUUGAAAACAUCCAGACUGAGACAAAGGAAGAGACACUGCUGCCUGGGAAAGAUCUGUCCAUUCCUAUCUUGGUCCCCUUCUUGGUGUACCACAAACACAUGGUAGGCUCUGACAGCAUGAAGAUUUCAGCUGUAGUCACAGAUAAGCUGGAGCCAAGAAACGUAUACCUAGCAGUGAAUGAUGUCAUUCUGUUGAAUCCUCCUAUGUCCAUCACAGUUAAUGGUCCAGUGAGACUGAACCAAAGGACAGUUGCUGAAGUAGUUUUCAUGAACCCGAUCAACAAGAUGCUGACGGACUGCACUCUGACUUUGUCUGGAAGUGGUCUAGUGGAUGGGGAGGAUAAAUGCAUACUUCCAAAUCUGAGGCCAAGCAACAGGAUACGUAUCCAGUUGACCUUUUUUCCCAAGAAGACCGGAAAGCAGACUCUCAUGGCUGACUUUGACUGCUCCUCCUUCAGAGACCUCAAGUGCACCUGCACUUUCGAUGUUCUACCAUAAAACCUACCAGUUUAAUUAAUUCAGGCCUUUCAUUCAUUCAUUCAUUCAUUUUUACACAACUCUCUCUCUCUCUAUAUAUAUAUAUAUGUAUAUAUAUAAAAACUUUGAGGUUGCUUUAAAAAGCAACCUUUGUGGGAUAAGAGAUAAUAGUUUUCUAUGUAUUUUUCCUUUCUUUCAUUCGCUGAUUUUCAGAAGAAAAAACAAGUUUGUGCUUCUGGACAGAAAGUGCUGCACUGAUGUUUCAUAUAAAUGCCGCAUUCACUGUCACCAUGUAUUCUGACACAAAAGCUGACACUACUACAUAUUUUAAGCUGUUAGGGCCACUUCAGGUACAAACUCUCAGCUAAUUCUCAUGUAAAAAUGAAUGUUUACAUAUUAUUAAGAAUUUGGCUAAACCUGUUGUACAAACAGCAAACUGAAAAACAGACACUUGUAUUCUCACUGUGUGUUUUAUCAGACUCUGAGCUUUAUUAACUACUCUUAAAAUAUGUAUUGGCUAGUGUUCCUGCAAGCUUAUUCCUGCUCCUGAAGGAAGCUAGAAGCAAGCACACGGCAAUCACAGCAGAACAGUAAUAUUUUUAAAGCGCUUGCCUGUCAGAUUUGCAUCUGCUAAACAAACUGGACCUCUUCAUAGUGUUUACGAAUGGUACGACACAGUAAGAUUUCCUUGUGUUUGCAUAAAUUCCUCUGGCCUGUUGAUGAGAAGGUGUUAAAGUGCCUCCCUGUGGCUGAGAGGUAAACUGGCCUAUACUCGUGUGUUUUAUUUGAACUGUAGAUUUUGUACAUUUUUAUGACUAUACAAAUAAAAUGUUUAUUGGAACAUA